AUGGCGCAAACAACAGACUAUAAGCUCAACGAUUUCGAGGUGUUUCACAAUGUGAUUGAUAACAAGCUCACAUCCACGGCGAGGACUCGUCGAGCGGUCGAUCCAAGCACUGGAGAGAAUCUUGGCGAGGUGCCGGUCUCGACACAGGAAGAUGUUGACCGUGCUGUUGCGGCGGCCAAGACGGCUUUUCCGGCGUGGAGCGACCUUUCUCAGGAUGAUCGAGCGGCGUACAUGUUCAAAUUUGUGGAUGCAAUUGAGGCCAACCAGGAAGGUUUUGCACCUCUGCUGGGGAAAGAGACCGGCAAGCCCCCGCAGACCGCUGGCAUGGAACUAUUCUUGCUCGGUCACCAGAUUCGUGGGAUGCUCAAGCAUAGGUUGACUGAAGAGAAAAUCGAAGAUUCCGACGAGCGGAGCAUUGUCCUACGUUACGUUCCAAUUGGUGUGGGUGUUGGCAUAGUCCCAUGGAACUUUCCAAUGCUGCUCGGUAUGGUCAAGCUCGUCUCCGCCUUGGUCGCCGGGAAUACCUUCAUUUGGAAGCCUUCACCGUAUAGCCCCUACACCGCACUCAAAUUGGGAGAGGUGGGAGCCAAGAUAUUUCCGCAGGGAGUCUUCAACGUGCUCAGCGGCGAAGAGGAUCUGGGACCGAUGUUUACAGCACACCCAGAUGUUGGAAAAAUCAGCUUCACAGGGUCGGUGGCCUCUGGAAAAAAGGUCAUGCAGGCGUGUGCACCCACGUUAAAGCGUGUCACUCUCGAAUUGGGGGGUAACGACGCUGCCAUUGUAUGCGCAGACGUCGACAUUGCAUCAGUUGUGCCCAAGAUUGCAACUCUAGCUCUUAUCAACACUGGUCAGGUUUGUUUCUGCAUCAAGCGUGUGUACGUGCACGAAGAUAUCUACGAUGCUUUCCUUGCAGCCUUCGUCGAGUUCGUCAAGACUAUGAAGAGCGGUGGUCCCACGGAUGCUGAGGCCGUGCUCGGACCGUCCCAGAAUAGCAUGCAGUAUGCCAAACUGCAGGACCUGUACGGACACGUCUCCAAGGAAGGAUGGAAAGUCGCUCUUGGUGGUGGCUCUUCAGCGUCCAAGACGGGCAACGGUUUCUUUCUCCCGACCACGGUGCUAGACAAUCCCCCGGAAGACUCGCGUAUUGUUGUUGAGGAACAGUUUGGACCCAUUGUGCCGCUUCUCAAGUGGUCUGAUGAAGAGGAUGUCCUCCGCCGCGCCAAUGCGUCCUUGAUGGGCUUGGGUGGUUCGGUCUGGAGCAGUGACCUCGAGCGAGCCGAGCGUCUGACGCGGCGAUUGGAGGCUGGUACCGUCUGGGUAAACACUCAUUUCGAUGUUGGCCCACUCGUGUCUUUUGGAGGUCACAAACAAAGCGGUAUUGGUGUCGAAUCGGGUGUGGACGGGCUCAAAGGAUGGUGCAAUGCUCAGACAGUCUUGGUCAAGAAGUGA